AUGCACAUUAAUCAUGCAUUGGAACUAGCUGAGAAACGUGGUGCUAUUCAAGAAAGAACCCUAAUUCCCAGGCAAAAAUACACUGUCACUUCUGCUCGGAAAUUACUACGCCUUCCUGAUAUUGGUGAUGGUGAUGGCACUGGCGAUGAUGGUACUGGUGAUGACGGUGAUGAUAAUGGUAAUGGUGAAGGUGGGGAUGAUGGCGAUGAUCAAGGCGACGGCUCAGAAAAUAGAAUUGGUCCAUCAUCAUGUUCAAAAGACAGCAUCCAAGUAAACCAAGGUGACACAGCGCCACUUCCAAAUGGCAUUCCAACAUACACAGUCAUAAUAGAAAAUGCAUGCUACUCAGGAGGAAGUUGCACUGUGUCCAACAUUCACUUGAGUUGUGGCUGGUUUAGUUCAGCAAGACUCAUAAACCCUAGAAUUUUCAGAAGACUUAGUUAUAAUGACUGCCUUGUUAAUGAUGGAGAGCCUCUCAAUCCUGGACAAUCCCUCACUUUUCAAUAUGCUAAUACUUUUAAAUAUCCUCUUUCUGUUUCUUCCAUUGCAUGUUAG